AUGUCCCGUGGAAGAGUUCCUUUGGCGGACCUGAAACGAGUUUAUGAUAUUGAAGAAGCGGGCUCUGCGGACGACGAUCAUCAUGACCUAUGGCCGCUAUGUGACAUUGAUACCAAAAAGGCGAAAUUCCCCUGCUGUUUAGUCUGGACACCUCUCCCUGUUGUCUCUUGGUUGGCUCCCUUCAUUGGCCAUGUAGGGCUUUGCAGAGAAGAUGGAGUGAUUUUGGACUUCGCUGGAUCUAAUUUCGUCAAUGUCAAUGAUUUUGCAUUUGGUCCUCCUGCUCGGUAUCUCCAACUCGAUAGAACCAAGUGUUGCAUGCCGCCAAACAUGGGUGGGCACACUUGCAAGUAUGGAUUCAAACACACCGAGUUUGGAGCAUCGCUUACAUGGGAUGAUGCACUGAGCUCGAGCGCACGCAGCUUUGAGCAUUGUACCUACAACCUCUUCACCUGUAACUGCCAUUCGUAUGUUGCAAACUGUUUGAACCGUCUUUGCUAUGGCGGCUCAAUGGAAUGGAAGAUGGUGAAUGUUGCUUUUCUGAUUUUGGCAAAAGGGAAAUGGGUCAGCUUGUCAUCAGCAGUCCGGUCAUUUCUGCCAAGUGCUUUGGUCACGUCUUUGGGGGUAUCACUGGUCGGGUGGCCAUUCCUGAUCGGCCUCCUCUCAUUCUCGCUACUGCUCAUCGCAUGGUUCAUAAUUGCUAAUUACUGUUUUAAGAACAUUAUUUGCUGA